UUCAUGUAUAAAUGCAAGACAUACAAGAUCGCGUUUACUGAGCCCCGCUGGGUUUAUGUUAGACAUUGAUGUGUGAGUGCUUGGUGGUAGGCAAUGUAUUGCGUGAUUCUGAUCGUUAUUGUAACAAUUAUGGGCGUUGCGUGCGAUCCAUUUAAAGUGCCUAAUAGUACGGAAGAAGCAAACAGAACUUAUUGGAGUAAUUUGGGAAAGCUGGAAAUCGAGAAGAUUUUGCGCACCACCGAAAACAAGAAUCGCGCAAAAUACGUGGUGCUCUUUUUGGGAGAUGGCAUGGGCGUGAGCACGGUUACUGCUGCUAGAAUCUUCAAGGGCCAAUUCACGAGGAACGACAGUGGCGAAGAGACUGUUCUUUCUUGGGAAAAGUUUCCAUAUGUGUCCUUAUCAAAGACGUACGGACUAGACACACAAACGUCUGACUCAGCCAACUCGGCUACAGCGUAUCUUUGUGGAGUCAAAGCCAAUAUUGGUACACUUGGAGUGGACUCCACUGUAAAGGGUGGACAGUGCCACAAUGAUACGGCAGCGUACGUGGACAGCAUCAUGAAAUGGGCUCAAGACUCCGGCAUGUGGACUGGCAUUGUGACCACGUCGACAGUGACUGAUGCCUCUCCAGCUGGUGCCUACGCACACGCCGGCUACCGCGAGUGGCAGCAUUCUGUGCCGGAAGGGUGCAACGCAUCGGAUAUUGCUAAGCAACUGAUCUACGACUCACCUGGCAGAGAAAUGAGGGUCAUCAUGGGGGGCGGAAGAAAAGAAUUUUUAAAUGCUACAUAUUGCGAUGAGCAUAACCAAACGGGUGCUAGAACCGAUGGACUAAAUCUCAUAGAAAUUUGGAAGCAAAUGAAGAACGAAUCAAACGCUGUGUAUGUUUGGAACAAAAGUGCCCUUCAAGAGGUUAACACCAGCUCAACGGAUUACUUGUUGGGUCUAUUCGCCAGUGACUACAUGCCGUUCUGGUUAGAACGUAAACUAUACAACCAAUCAACACCAGGUCUUUGGGACAUGGUAAAGGUUGCAGUGCAAAUACUUAAGAAGAACGAUAAAGGCUUUGUUUUGCUCGCUGAAGGUGGACGCAUCGACCACGCUCAUCACGUUAACCUCGCCCAGCUAGCCCUGCAGGAGACCGUGGAGUUUGAAGGAGUGGUUGGGGGGGUAUCACAAAUGCUUCCUGAAAAUGAAACACUUAUCGUCGUUACGGCAGAUCAUUCUCACACGUUAAACAUUGCAGGCCAUCCACCACGAGGAACCAAUAUAUUGGGUUUCGCUGGAAAGACAGAGACCGAAAACCCGGUUAAUUACACCGUGCUUUCCUACGGCGUUGGACCAGGAGGGUAUAGACCACUAGAGAAUGUGACAUUACGAAAUACAACGGACAUUAUGUUUCGGCAGAGAGCGGCUUUUCCCGUGAAGCUUGCUCCUCAUGGUGGUGAGGACGUAGCCAUCUACGCCAAGGGACCCUGGGCACACCUCUUCUCUGGUGUACAAGACCAAACGUACAUUCCCUACGUCAUGGCCUACGCAGCGUGCAUAGGACAGUUCAACGGCAGCGAGUGCCACGAGUGCAAACAAUAAGCCUUCGUAGUAGCGUCGUGAAAAAGGGGCACAUUACGGUGGGAAUCACGAAGUCGAUCGGCCAACAUCCUCAGUGCAACCACUUGCCCCCAAAUGCUCAGCAAAAUUACGGACAGGUGCCUCCUGGUUUGAAAACAUUUCCCACUUAUUUAGGUUCACGUCGAGAAUACUAAAUCCUAUGACAAAUGGUAAAACUGGUAAAACUGAAUCAACAUGUAUACAAGAAAAAAGCCUUCUGUCGCGUUCUCAAAUAAAUGAGGCCUACACUGCUGAGUCAGCAGAACAUGUGAUUUAACAAUAAACCCGAUGCCAAAUCACAAGAAUAUACCGCCGCACUUGCAUGUCCAUAAACGUUGUAGGGUCAUUCUGUUUGUUUCUCGCUCCUUUUAAAGCGGAAUAAAAUGCUGGUUUCUUAUCACAA